UUUCCCCGACGCUGCCAGUCGCCAUUAAACUAUAAUGGCAACUGGUCGUGUAUGAUGCCGACAUUAAAGGACACUUUUUUUUCGUUGGUUCAUGAUGCUGCAAGUCACUGCCCAAGUGCUGGAUCAGGGUGAGACUGGGCUCAAAAUGGAACACAGCUACCCAGCUGGCACACGACUGACCUUCAGUGUUGAAAUGUGGUUGAAAUUAUGUCAGUUGUUGUUUCAGCAUUAAAAACAACAUUGAAACAACAUUCAAUUCUGAUGGUUGUAAAAAGUUUAACAAAACUCUCAUUAAUCAACACUAUACUUUUCUGAUCUGUUUCAAUGUUUAAACAAUUGUAAAUUCAUGUUUAAAGUGCAAGAAUGCCUUCUUGUGGCAUAUAUCUGGCAACACAGGUCAGCAAAACCAUUGGGCCUUACGUUUUCAGGACCUUUCAGCUUUUUUGCCCAUUUUAAAACAUUUGUUAGAAAAGUAAUCAAAUCUAACAUCACUGUGACUAAGACAAUGAAACAGUUACAUUAGGAUACACGUUGCAUUUUAAAUAGGAUAAUUAGAAAUCUGUAACCUAUUACAUAUCAAAAGUAACUUUUCCAGCACUGAAGCCUACAUGGAACACAGUGUACUGAUUUUUAACUAACCCUCCACACAUUCUCCAAGGCCCACUAAUGGGUCCCCACAAGGCUGCUUCAUUAGGCCUACAGACUCAAUCCUUGUGAGUUUAUCUUUCCUCGAAUUUGACCUGCAUUCGCUACAAACCAUAAUCCCCCAAGUCCCGGCGCUUGACAGUGAAGGCAGCGCCAGCGUGGCGUCGGCUCUAAUUUACUGGCCAAUAGCGGCCUCCAGGUGCGGCCACGGGCGACAGAGAGGCGACACUGCCCGCGCGAGCACAGCAACGGAGGAGACGAUGGAAGACAAGCAGAGCCAGGUGCUGAACAUUGAGCGGGUGAAGGCUCUGGAAGCCUGGCUGAAAGCGACAAAUAUAAAGCUGACACAAGUCAAUGGCCAGAGGAAGUAUGGAGGACCACCUGAGGUGUGGGACGGGCCCACCCCAGGGGCCCGCUGUGAGGUCUUCAUCAGCCAGAUCCCACGGGACACAUACGAGGAUCAGUUGAUCCCCCUCUUCAGCUCUGUGGGGCCCCUCUGGGAGUUUCGACUGAUGAUGAACUUCAGCGGCCAGAACCGCGGCUUCGCCUAUGGGAAAUACGGCUCUCCAGCUGUAGCCACCGAAGCCAUCCGUGUGCUGCAUGGUCACGUGCUGGAGCCAGGCUUGAGCCUCAGCGUCCGCCGCAGUACAGAGAAGAGACACCUCUGUAUCGGAGACCUGCCAGCCUCUACCAGGCAAGAGGAUCUACUGCAGGCUCUGCGAGCGCUGACAGAGGGGGUGGAGAGAGUGUCUCUGAAGGCCGGGCCUGGUAUACAGGGGGUGUCUGCCAUAAUCGCCUUCUCAUCCCACUAUGCUGCUUCAAUGGCAAAGAAGAUGCUGGUGGAAGCAUUCAGGAAGCAGUUUGCAUUGGACAUCUCAAUCGAAUGGAAGACUACAGUGAAGCCGAUCCACGAGGACCCACUGUCUUCAAACAAACCUUUGAAGAGCCCCCUGCCAACACCCCUGCAACCUCCACGAAACACCCUGAACUCUCGACAGCACUCAGCUCUGCCUCCUCGCCAGGCCUGCCCUCCAUCUGCCCCCCAGGGUUUCUGCAGAGCAGUGGGAGGGCCCACUACACCCCAGCAGCCCCCCCAUUCUACCUCCUCCACCUCCUCGUCUUCCCACCAGGGGCAUCUAGCAUCUACAGCCUCCUCAUUAUCCUCCCCUGUGAUGCUCCUCCGUAGGCUAUGCGAGGCGACUGGUUUUGGCCAGCCACUCUAUGAGUUACAGCCCUGCCACGCUGGGCCUGAUGGAUUCCUCUACUUUACCUAUAAGGUGCAUAUCCCUGGGAGAACCUCGGCCUUCAAAGGGCUGGUUAUGAUCUUGCCGGGAAACGGUGCUAACAACAUUCUGGAUGACGCCCAGCGAGCUGCAGCCCAGCAGAUUCUGCAGAAGGUGUACAAUAACCAGCUCGCCCACUGACAAGCUCAUCAGUUAGCAAAACAGUACACAAACAUCACAGCACUGUUUGUUUUGUAAAUGAUGUUAUGUCCAAAAAAAGAUGUUUGAUCUUGUAUGUAGUUUUGGUGAUUUUGCAUGCUUUUAUUAUAGUAGCAGACUUGUUUGUCGUUUGAACUUCUGUGCUUUGUUUUA